AUAAAUAUAUACGUAGCAGCAGGCAGCACAGAAGCUGGAUUCAGGAUCGUUCACCCGCUGCUAGGCACUGCUCCGGGACUGGGGGAGGGUCCCAGCCCAUUGCCCCCUUCCUGCCUGCACGGAUCCCCAAAACCUCAUUUCUUCCAGUUUUCCCCGUCCCAGAACAAAGUGAGCGGCUGGAGGAGCCUCUGCCUCUCCUUCUCCUCCUCCUUUGCGAAGAGGGAGUUUUCGGCACUCGGGAAGGCUGGGAAAGGCUUCCCGGCCGCCCACAGCCAUUACCACCCUCAUCCCCCGUUGUUGAGACCACCCCAGACUUCUCCUCUCCCUCUUUGGAGCUUGUCCCCUUGGGGUGUGUGCGAGGAGGGGAGGAGGGGGGGAGGAGGGGGGAAGAGGGCUGCUUUCAGCAGCUCUAGCCAACAAGACAUCUGGAUUAUUUUCCCCCCCUUGCUGGUUUCCGCUCUUCCCAGCGAGCGGAGCAGCUCCGGCCAUUCCUGGCGGGUGGAAAACCAGUGGAAACCAGCCGAGCUCGGGGGGACACAGGGAGGGAGGAGGAGGAGGAGGAGGCUCCCGGCCAUCGAAGUGAGGGGGCUUCCCACGGCAGAGAGCUGGGGAGGGGGAGGUGGGCAGACGGACAGAUGGACAGUCAGACAGCCAGUCAGCUGGACAGGGCUCCCAUUGCCCAGUGGAGGAAAGGAGAGCACGGGUCAGCCUUUGCCCUGGGAAUCGGAAUCAAGGCGCUCUCCCUGCCACCCUGCAGCUCCUGGCACCCACCUGCUCUCCAGCUCCCAACAUCAGAUCAGCUUCCAGCAGCAUCCGGGGUGACCACAGACCCUCCUGGGGACACCUACUUGCCACCACCGUCGUCGUCACCGGGUGAGAAAGUUCCCUGAAAGGACUCAUCCCUGCCACUCAUCCCACUGACUGCUGGGACAUCCCCACGCUGGGUGUCUCCAUGAGCGUAACGUAGGGUAGGGACGCGGGCGCAGGCAGCGUUGCCACCAGAUCAAAGCCAAGGCAAGGCGAGUCACUCCCCCUGGUGAUGGGGAUGUGACAGGCCAUCCCGUUGCUGGAAACUGGUGUUUGGCUCUUCGGAAGGCGUGGAAACGAGGAGGAUCAAGAUGAGCCUGGGGAAGCUGCCAGUGCUCAGCUGGGUGUCGGGCUCCCACGGCAAGCGGCGGCUGAAGUCGGAGCUGACGCCGGACAUGAUCAGCCCACCCCUGGGGGACUUUCGGCACACCAUGCACGUGGGGCGCGGCGGGGAUGUCUUUGGGGACACCUCCUUCCUCAGCAACCACGGUGGGGCUGAGCCAGCCAAGGCCAACAACUUCUUUGCCCGCACGUUGCGGCACGUCCGACGGACACCGCAGAGGAGACGGGGCAGCGGGAGCCAGGCAGGGGCAUCACCCGAACCCCCGGCCAUCUCGCCCAUCAUCAAGAAUGCCGUGUCGCUGCCGCAGCUCAACGAGGCAGCAUAUGAUGGCGACGGUGGUUUGACCAGCAAGUUCUCCUUCAAGAGUGCCUCCAACAGACUCUCCAAAGCACACCAGACCUACGGGCUGGAGUCUGGAUUUUGCACCAUCCCUCGUGUCCCUCGCCUUGAAAAGGCCCAGGAGAGCACCUUUCCUGGGGAAGAAGAGCUGGAACGCUCAGACUCCCUGCUCUCCUUCCGCCUGGACCUGGGGCCCUCUCUCAUGAGUGAGCUCCUCCAGGUGAUGAGCUUCUCCGAAACCAAUGGGAACGAGGUAGCAGAGGAUGGCCAAGGCCCACCUGGCAGCUGUGUGCUCCCACACAGUGAAGGGACUGAGAACGGAGUCCCUCCGGGACCAAACACAUCCCACGGAGAGCUGAAGGCAAAACCCAGCUUCUGGGACCACUCUGGGCAGGCCGGCUCACUUCUGGGACUGUCCAUCCGUGCCAAUGGAGAGGCACAUGCCAUUGAGCAGCCCAGAGAGGACCCAGCACGAGCCUCGGGGCAGGGGGCAGUGCCUGAAGGGACCCUAUGGCAGGGGCACUGGAACGACUGCUCCAUUGAGGCAGGAGAGUUCGAGCGGGCAGCCCAGGUCCUGGCUCGCCAUUAUGGGGGGACAAGCACCCCACGCAGCUCGGAGAAAGGUGAGGGUGCCCGGCAAGGCUGGACACGGGCCGCCUGGGAGAGCCCCAGCAGCAGCUCGUGGCGACCGCAAGUGACAGCAGCCAGACGGUCCCCAGAGGACACCUGGGACCAAGAAGAGGAGGAGGACAAGGAGGAUGAGUUCCCCAGCCUGCAAGAGGGGUAUGUUGGCACCCGGGGGGGGCGCAGCAAUUCCUUCGAGUAUGCCGACGAGGAGGAGGAGGACGAUGAAGUCAAGGUGUGAAUGGCCAUCCCACCAUCACGGCCCCACUUCCAAAGACAUCGGUGCUGUGGUCAUCAUCCUCCUUCUUAUCCCCCACCCCUGGUGGCAGACCCAGCAGGCAACUUCCUGGCCUUCACCUUAGGGCAGUGGAGUGCAAGGUGGGCAGGAGGGGGUCCCAUCUCCUGCAGAGCCCCCAGGUCUGGCAGGGUGCUGCAGGGAUGGGUGAGGGCUCUGCACUGCUGUGUGCCAUGCUACAGCCCUUCUCCUUCCCCAUUAGAUGCCAAAUGGACAUUCCCAUGUGCCAAAGAAACCCUCAAGCCCCUUCCCACCCAACCUACAUCCCCCCACAAGCAAGCAAUUUGCUCAGGAAAGGAAGCAACAGUGACAGACAGGGAUCAGAGAGAGCCCGCAGACACUGAGCUUGACUCCUGAUGCAAAACCCUGCUCUGAGAAGGCAGUGGUGGCCAUGGAGGUGGCAGUGGCAGCCAUCAUUCCUUUCGGGGGACCUUCCCUUUGCCUCCUGCUGCCUAACAUCACUGAGGAAGUCUCCUUGUCCAACCCUUGCAGCAGGGAGGGGGAGAAACUUUAUGGUUUGCCAGAGGUGAGACUGUCUGGGCACCAAAAACUGCCCUAAAAACUCCCUUUCCCUUCAACCCACCUCACAACAAGGAGACUCCCUCUCUGCAGCCAUUAUUCCCCACUCUCGUCCCUCUACCCAUCCACCCCACACACACCCCUCUUUGCAGAGUGCCUUGUCCCAAGGACACGCACGGAGGAUGCUCAGUGCCCCUCUCUGAGCAUCCCCGGGUGAUGCAGCCACCCUGGGACAAGCAGCCUCCACACCGCCCAGCACAGAAGCGCCUUUGUGCCGUGGUGUGGAGCCGAGAUGUUCGGGGGCUGAGGUCACCAGAGGGACCCUCACAGCACCCUCCUUGUUCUCCAGGACGGACGGGGGUGUGCAGUGGGGGGAGAUGCCAUUGGGCUGUGUUCCUACAUGGCUCACCCGCCGCCCAGUCCUUAUGCAGAAUAAAGAGGCUCUAGCAUGCGCGUGCUGUACGUGGGAGCCAGGCAGUCAUUGCAGGCAGGUUAAGGGCAAGCCCUCCUCCUUCAGCACCCCCAAAGCAGUGCCAACACGUUCCCAGCUCCAACCACCAGCACUCAGCAGGGCCACGCAGGGUCAGCACCCAGCCCAGUGCCAGGGAGAUGGCUCUCGGGACGAGCUCCCCAUUCUCUGCUUUUUGGACUGUGGUACAAUCUCCAGACCAAAGAUCCACAUCUGUGGAACAGCCUUUCUGCCUCCACUCUGUACCCCAUGCACUUAUUAUUGUCCUUAUUAAAGCAGUUUUGAUACUAA